AUGGCGAAAAGCACAUCGACAACGGUAGACGCAAAGUCCAAGCCAUCCAAGCAUACUACCAACGACACGAGCGAUGUUGAAAUAAACGACUCGAUCUCCACCGAACAAAAGGCUCAUUCAAAGCCCAAGGACAAGAAGAAGCGCAAAAAGUCGUCCGCCGACACCGAGGAGGAAGUCACGAGUUACAAAAAGCGCCGACACAGCGAUGAUGAAGCGCACCAAAAGGAGGAGAAGCCCAAGAAAAAGAAAAAAAGGGUGUCAUUCGGACCCGGCACGAAGACCAAGGAUGCCGAUAGCGAUAGUGACAGUCCCGCAGAUGAUGAAUAUGACGACGAGGAGGAGGAGGACAGCUCCGGGACCGUGACAAACACCGACUCCGAAGCCAAGGAAGCCGAGGAUAUCGAGAACAAAGUGAUUGAGGAAAUGAAGAAGCGAAAGCGGGAAAAGAAGAAGGCGCGCAAGGCAGGCAACACUUCUGUCACUCAGUUCGCAUCGGCUUCCGCCGCGCAGCAGAUCCAUGAGACUCCUAUACUUGGUUACUUGAGCUGGUACUACCGCGAUCGCUCCUCGUGGAAGUUCCAGAAGAACCGCGAAACAAACCUUCUCAAACACCUCUACUCGGUUGAGCUUGUGCCUGUGCAAUACAACAUUCCCCUCUUGGCGUAUUUGCAAGGCCUCAAGGGCGAUGCUGCCAAGAAGCGGUUAAGCGACGGCGCAGUCGCUAUUCUCAAGGAGGACAGUGCCGACGUUGCUACGGAAUAUCAGGAUGCCGUGACGAAGUUCAGGUCGGCGCUUCCCGGAAGUGAAGAGGAGCUGAACAGUGCCGAAGCAGUAGACGGACUGGAUACGGAAGCCAACAAGCGUCUUCGCAGGAGACAAAGAGCGGAGUUGGUGUUUUUCGCCAUCACGGGUGAAUUAUUCGAUCGCGAAGAGGUCACCCGCAAACAAAAGGAAAUUGCUCGGGCCGAGGCACAGAAGAUGAAGAAGCGGAAGAACCGAACUGUUGUCGUGGAUAUCUCGAGCAGUGAAAGCGACAGUGAUGGCGAAAAGACCACCAAAACGAAGUCCAAGUCCAAGUCCAAGGCUGAAAGCAGCGAUGACUACACCAGCAGCAGUGGCAGCGACAGUGAUGAAAGCACCAGCAGCAGUGGUAGCGAUUCAUCAAACAGCAACGGUGACAAUGACAGCGACAGCAAAUCGACGUCCGACAAGAAAUCUGCGCCAAAGAAGUCCGCCUUGAAAAAGGAGAAGCCUGCUCCAAAGAAGGCAGAAACAACAGUCAAGGAGCCUGCUCCUGUGGUACCCAGCAAGAACAAGAAGAAGCAGAAGCGCAAGGUACGAACCGCGCAAAUUGAAAUUUCGAGCAGUAGCGAAAGCGAUAGCGAUUAA